CAAUCUAAACACUACAUCACUGAUCCGUAAAGAAGCAGUAGUAGACUAGUAUAGUCAUAGGACGAUACGUUGUCGUCGUCGAUAAAAGAAUGUGCUAACAUUGUCGCGUCGGUCGGUCUGCGAGUGACAACAAAAAAAAUAAUCAACUUUCCCCCUUCGACGGUUCAAUCAGCUGAUCGGUACAGCAAUCGUAAGUGUCAGGUGUUCAUUGUUGACGAUAAGCGGAAGUGGUUGGUGUCAAAUGUGAAAAAUGAGUGACGAGGUGUCGUCUCCCGGCUUUUUCGGAAGAUCAGGCAUUCUAGAAACGUACGUACGCGGCCAAUGGUACCGCGUAUUCGUCACACUCGAAGAAGAUUAUUUGAGUAUCACGUUAGACGAAUCUUACGAGAACACGACGACGUUAAACGGCACUCUGAACAAUAAUAUAGAAACGCCUAGCGGUUUAAGCGAUACGCCUGAUAUACCCGAGGCGGUUGCCAAUCAAAAAAGGGCGGUGAGAGUUAUUAAAUCGGAAAAUAACGGACUCGGCAUUUCGAUCAAGGGCGGCAAGGAAAAUAAGAUGCCCAUUCUUAUUAGUAAGAUUUUUAAAGGUAUGGCCGCCGAUCAGACCGAACAAUUGUACGUCGGCGAUGCCAUUCUGUCUGUCAACGGAGAUGACUUGAGGGAGGCGACACACGAUGACGCCGUGAAGGCGUUAAAGAGAGCGGGAAAAGUAGUCGAAUUGGAAGUUAAAUAUCUACGCGAAGUGACGCCUUACUUUAGGAAAGCCAGUAUUAUAUCGGAAGUGGGAUGGGAGUUGCAAAGGGGGUUUCUGACGGGAGCUCCGCCGGCCGUACGAUCCCCCCAAAGGGCCGACACCAGAUACCUCCCUCUGCAAUUGUGUCAUCUAGCUAGGAACUUUAGAUACCCCGAUCCAGAGGGUCGAACAUUAGAAUUACAUUCCCCCGACGCUAUCCAUAGCUGCGUAUUACGUGCAUCUGACCCCGCCGAAGCUAUAGCCUGGUUUAACACACUCCAUUCGGCGUUGUCAGUUCUAACUUCAUCUGCGCAUCACGACGCCUGCAAAGCCAUACCCGAUUUAAGGUAUAUAGGAUGGCUUUUAAGAAAACCAAGGUCCGAAAAUAUGUCAAGUUCGGAAUCGUCGGAUGAUACGGAUCGAUGGCAAUCGAUUUUCGCAGCGGUAACCGAUAGUGAAUUACGAUUUUACGAGAGCGCUCCGUGGUCGGGAGAAGCAUGGCGGGCGCCUGCCGAAGCGUAUCCUCUAAUAGCUACACGUCUCGUCGGAUCGGUUAAAAGAACCGAUUUGACGGAAUUUAGUGUACGUUGUGCUACGAUAGAUGGGGUAGUCACUCAUACGUUGAGAGUGGAAACGCAUCGAGAUUUAGCGGCUUGGGCGAAGGCUUUGGUUAACGGGAGUCAUGCCAGCGUCGUCACACAAAGGGAGUUAGUUUGUAGGUGUAUUUGGAAAGGUCGGCCCGCGCAAUUAGUCAUUAAUUACGAAAACGGUUUUACGUUAUUGGAAGCCGGGACUGGAUCGAGGACGUUGUGGAGGUAUUCAUUCGAUAUGCUGAGGAAUUCUUCAGACGACGGAAAAACGUACCUGUGGUUAGAUUUCGGAUCGGAAGAAGAAGAUAUCGAACUUGAUAUGGAAGGAUGUCCAAAGCCAAUUGUUUUCAUAUUACAUAACUUCUUGUCUGCCAAAAUUCAUCGAUUAGGUCUGACGGCCUAAAUAUUCCACCACACAAUGUUGAACAUUCACUUUUCGGUUUAACAAAGAAAUUGUCAAUUAAUAGACGUAGAGUUCGAUUAUGUUUAUCAAAACCCUUUUUUUAGUUUUCGGAAACGUUUUACAUUUCAUAAAUAAAUAAUUUAUUGUCAUAAAUUGUUUUUUAAAUAUCGAUAAACGAUUGGAAUAAUAAUUGACGAAUGGAGGAAACAAAAAUAUUAAUUUCGAUCCCAUUUUUUGCAAGAUUUUUUUAAAAAUUAUGAAGAAUAAUAAAAUUCCGCAUAUCAGCUACAAAACCAGAAAAUACCUUAAUAAAAACAAAUAUUUAAUAUCAAUACAGGGUAAUAAUAAGAAAUAAUCAAAACUUCCUAUAAAAAGGGAUACGAGAAGGUAUUCAAAACCAUUAUUUUCGUUACAAAAUUAAAACAAAAAUUUUGUACACCCCCCGUAUCACAAAUGUACAACCAAAAAUUAAACGUAAAAUAACCAUUUCCGCUAUAAUCAGUCUCGUCGAAACAUUCCCUAAUACAAAACUCCACAAAUCUAUAGCACAGCAUCGAUUCCAUUACAUAUCGAUACAGAAUCGAUUCUAACAGAUCUUUGUUAGAACUAGAAGUUUGUCACACGCGGAUGUUUUUAGCUAUUGCUAAGCAGUAGUUGAGAAACGUCAAUCGGAGCUAUUAUAGGUUAUGUUUACCUAUUUACUUUCCAUUUGUGUGGAAUUUUGAUCAAUUAUAGUUAAGACAUGAAUAUCGAUAUAUUUUCUUUUGAAAAUACUGUUUUUCAUUCAUUAUGUAUUCCAUAAUAAUGUUUUUAAACCAAAUUUGUAUUUGUAUCUUCCUGAUAUGAUUUUGUGGCUGCCGCCAAUGAUUUCAAAUAAUAAAAAAGAAGAUUAAACUACUGCCAUUUUAUAGAUUCAAAUUUUCGUUUAAAUAAUAAUUUUAGUGAUGAUUUUUAAUCAAUAAUAGUGAAAAAUUUGUACUAUUUAUAUUAAAUAUACUUUUAUAAAUAAUAAUUUUUUCGUGAGUGGUCAAUUUCCAAAAUCAAAAUAAAAAACAACGAAAACAAACCGGAUUUACUCCAAAAUAUCGUUAUACAGAUAAAUAAUACUUACCCUUGUAUAAUUUUUGCACCUUUAUAUUUCACUAUAUAUUUUAUUUGGUAUUUUUACUUCAUAACUAUAAACCAGUUGAAAAACUUAAUCACACCACUACAAAUCACUCAAAUAUUAUUAGAUUAACAAGUUGUUGAGAAUAGAUACGUAAAAAAUCUUAACAACGAUUGUUUAUAUAUUUGAAUAAUACAAUUAUAACAAAUCAUCAACGCAAAAUAUAAUAAAAUCGACACUGUUUACAAAUUGUAGGAACAUAAUGUCAAUGAUUUGUCAACUAUGUACAUAAUUGCCAACUUAAAUUCAAACCAAUACUAGUUGAAACCAUAGAUAUCGUAAUACCUUAUCUAUGCUUUAAUUCCAAAGUAUAAAACUCAAUUCCUCUAUGAAUUUAUUUUUGUCUAUGUUUCUCUUUUAAUUGGCGCUAAAAGAAACGGCGGGUGUAACUCAGUCUGUAGUUGGGAAUAUUGUGAGUCUCGUUUAAUUGUGUAAACAUAAUAAUAUAUAAAAAUGAUUGUGUAGAUUACACGGAAAAAAAUAGACUGUACGAAUUUCGAACUAGUGAGAAAUAAAGGAAUAGAAAAUUGAAUAGAUUAAGACAGGUAAGAGAGAAAAACAAAGUAGUUUAUAACCUAACUUUUUCAACUAACGUUUUCUGGCGUUUGUUGAUAAUAAUAUUGAUAUUUUGUGAAAUAGACCACUCAACUUAUUAAUUUACGUUUAUUUUUUCGAGACAAUAUAGAUAACACUGUUUAUUAAGCAUAAAUUUUUGAGAAAGACAAAAACCAUUCAAUUCAAAACUUUCAAUACUUUUGAGAGUUGUAACGAUGUAAAUAUAUUUAGUAGGUUUCGAUUUAUAGACGACUAUCUAUUAGAUAAACUUAGUAUUGUAUAAAUAUGGAUGAAUUACAAAUAUGAGUAAGUCCGUACGUAUAAAAAUAAUUAAUCUUAUUUAAACUAUCAGAUAUUACAAUUUCAUAUAUGUUGAAUGUAAUGUAAUUAAUAUAUUACCAAAUUGAAAUCUAUAACUGGUGCAACGAAUAUUCAUUGAAAUUAUAUACUCGAAAUAAUUUUAAAACUUUUCAAAAAUACACUGUUUAGAUCCUUUUAAUAGUAAUUAGUAGUAAUAUUUUGAGAGUUUGUAAGUUAUCUUAAACGAAUUUAUCUUCCUAUAUGCCAUUUUGGUAAUUUAAAUCAUAGUAAAGAGUUGAACAACUUUGAAGUCUUGUAUUUCCGAAACCGUGACCCCAAGCAACGUCCUAAUUUUUUUCGUCAUACAGCGGUCCUUUGUGAAAACCUUUUCAAAAUUUGAGCUCAAUAUUUCAAUUAUUUCGGCCCCAGUGAUUUUUUAAACUUACAUAUGUUCUCGAUUAAAAAUUGAACAAUUUUAACGCCUCGUAUAUCUAAAACCAGAACCAUAAGCAACUUCCUGAUUCAUUUUAAUUAUUCAACAAUCUUUUUAGAAGAUAUCUUUAAAAUUUAGUCUCAAUAUUGCAGUUAUUAGAGCCUGAGUAAUUUUUUAAACGAGCAUAUGUUUCGGAUUAAAAAUUGAACAACUUUAGCGCCUCGUAUAUCUAAAACCAGGACCAUAACCAACUUCCUGAUUUAUUUUAAUUAUUCUACAAUCUUUUUAGAAGAUAUCUUUAAAAUUUGAGCUCAAUAUUCCAAUUAUUAUGGCAUGAGUAAUUUUUCGAACGAUCAUAUGUUUUUUGUUUAUACUUUAAACAACUUCGAAGCCUCGUAUUUCCGAAACCAUGUCCCUAAGCAACUUCUUGAUUUUUUUCAACAUAAAUCAAUCCUCUGAGAAUACCUCUUUAAAAUUUGAGUUCAUUAUUUCAUAUAUAUUUCAAUAAUUUGAACCUAUUAGGUUAACAACGUUACGAACAUAACCUAUAAACGCAAAAUUUUUCAAAGUUUUUUUAUCAGCUGAUAAUUGAUUGUAACAACAAAUAUGGCUACGAAAUAAACGUUUCAACGUGAUUUAUUAAUUUUUAUUUUACAAUAUUACCUUAUAAUUUUACAUACGAUUAAACCACCUUAGUCCAGGAGAUGCUAGUCCAGACGAAAGGGAAAGUCUAUGUCUUUUUCUAUAGGAGUGGUCAAUUUAGGGGCGGUUCUGACAACACGAGUUAAAAGAGAGGGGACGUCACGAGGUGUGUGGUAUUAUUAGUACAAGUUCAGAUUUGGAAGUAUCAUGAUGUCAAUGUACUAUCGGUAUAACAGCUGUUAAAACUACGUAAAAAAAGUUGUUUCGAAUUUUAGUUUUCAAACUAUCAUUAUUUCAAAAUGCAAUAUUUGCAAAUUGUGUGUUAAAGUAUUGAUUUUUCAUUUAAUCAGUUUUUGUUAUGAUAUAAAAACAAAUAUUUUAGGUUAUGUAACGAACAAUUUUUAUUUAUCACGAUGUAAAUACUGUGAAAUUGUAAAUAACAAGAUUUUAGUUUUUAACUUCUUUCUAAUAUUGAAAAAAAAUAGUGUUCUUGUAAUAAUUCUACAGUACGUCCCAAAAAAGUACGAAAAAUAAUCAUUUUAAAAAAUAAAAUAUUUCAUAUUACACUUAGUUGGAGAUAGACAGCAAUGUUGCCAGAUUUACUUUUUUUUUUCAUUGAAACUCAAUAAUCGAAAAUCAAAUCAGAUUUUUUUAACUAAUUUUGUGCCGAUACACUUAAUUUGUGAUUAUUUCUUUGGGACGCACUGAUAUCGGUCUAUAUUGAAAUUUGUGCCUUGGAUGUACAAAGAAUGGUACAAAAUUUCUCUUAAUUGAUUGACGCAAGACAAUAGCUAUUGAAUUCUAAUACAAAUCAUUUUUCAUAUCACUAGUUUAUUAUGUAUAUCUGUCGAAAUAAAAUCAAAAAUAGUUUUUGUACAUCCACAAAACUAGCAAUACGUCUCUUAUGACGUGAUUAUGACAUAAUUGAAAGUUGUGUACAGGGGCAAGUAAAUAGAGAAAAAAAGAAGAAGUUUUUAACCUCUAAAACCAACUUACCAUCAAUAAGAUACCUAACCUAACUUUUACACAAAAAAAUUUUAUCCAAACGAGAAUUUUUAGGUUAGGGUAUUAAUAUCCAGUCCAACUGUAUUUAUACUGAGUAUUUUCUGUGUUUACUUGUAUCCUUAAAAUAAAAGACUAUCUCGAAAUUGCAAAAUAUUCACUAGUUAUAUUGUCUGUAAUCCGAAAUAUAUGACAGUAGUCAUGACGUCAUGAAUCCAAGCUAUAUUAUUGGUCCGAAAUGUGUACCUCGACGCCAUAUUGAAUAUACCGAAAUAAGAUGUCAUAAAUAACGUUCACUUGUACAACUAUGACGUAAAUGCAGUAAAUGUUUAUUUAAAAUUCCAAAUUUCGCCAUACUGCAAGCAUACGUCACUAAAUAUGUGCGUUCCACCCAUAAAAUUCCGUUAGUGAAACGUACCUACAGUCAGACAAUAUGGCGUCGGAUUAACGACGUCAUUACCGGAAGUGAUGUAUAUUUCGGAAUACGUUCAUUAUUUCUUUAUCUACUUACGUAGUUUUUGUAUUUCUAUUUACUAAAAUCUAAACGUAUGUAGUGAAAUGUGUGUUGCAUAAACAUGUAAUUAAUUUUAAUAUGUAAACGUACCCAAUGCCGAUGUUUGAAAUUUUAAAACAUAAUUUUGCAAAUUUGUAUUUUAUUCUUUGAAAUUAUAAAAUAAAAAAAACUAACGACUUUUA